AUGGCCGCUCCCUCGCCAGGCUCCUCCCCGCGACUACCCUCCCCACCCCCCAUCGCCGAAGACCAGAUAGGUCCUACAUCGCCAGGUGUAACGCCCUACGAAGACCACAACAAGCUGCCUAGCGACAGUCUGAACAAUGCCGCUUCAAGACGAAUUCGACCGGGUACGAAAGCGGAGGACAUGGCAGAGGGUCCUCCGCUCGUCGAGCUUCAAGAUAUCGACUCCGCCUUCCAGUUGACCGAACACCUCAAGUCUCUCUACUACACCCACACCCACCCGCCCUCUACCAACACUAUAACCCCACUCACCGCGACCCUCGCCCGCCAACUCUCCCAUCCACCCCCAUACACCUCCCGCGAAAUCUGGCUCUACGAACUCGGCCGCUUUCUGGUCCAAAAAACCAACGCCAUCAUUGUCUCCCUCUUCCAAGACGAUCCGCCAUGUAGCGCCACCACCUGCUCCGAAAUGCGCGCCUCCGAGUGGCAGUACCUCUGCGCCGUGCACGAGCCGCCGAAGAGCUGCGCCGCGAUCGAUUACUGCUGCCAUACGCUGGACUGGGCCGCAAACACGCUUACGUCGUCGAAGAUGUUUCCGUCGCGGCUGGGCUUGGGUUCUGGGAACGGAGCGGGGAUAGGGAGUGACAAGGUACUUGCGGCGCAGAUGAAGGAGAUCAAGAACAUUUUCCGGAGAGUGUACCGCAUAUACGCGCACGCGUGGUUUCAGCAUCGGGAGAUGUUCUGGCGGGUUGAGGGGAGGACGGGCUUGUAUGUUUUCUUCAAGACGGUUUGUGAUGAGUAUGGUAUUAUCGAGGCGGAGAAUUACACAAUUCCUGCGGAGGCGGAAGGGUUGGAGCCGGCAGCUGGGGAUGGCAAAGAAGAUGUGCAGGCACCUAGUGUGCUAAGGAGGGACCAGGAUGGGUCUAUUGCGGCGAGUGGUAGUCCAAGGAAAAGCACUUCGGAAGAGUCCUUCGGAAGUGGUGAGACGACUAAGAGACAUCGGCACACCAAAAGCGACUUUUCGCGCGAUCCGGGCGCGGUCAUCAAAGAGGAGGCUGAGGAGGACGAGACGGAAGGCGCCGGACCUCGAGGUGAAGCACCGGGUGAAGAUGGUGCCGCUGUGCGCGCGCCAACCCCGGAGAAGCCGAGUCUGGACCGCCAGAUGACGGCGCUGAAGGACAUGGUGGAUGAAGUAGAAGGAGAUGGGGAAGCGGAGAUGGACACGCCAAUUGACCCGCAUCGGCAGGUUGAGCCAGCGAUGCAGGAGCCUCAGGUCAGCAUACUCAGGCAGGAGACCAUCAAGCCCGAGCAGCAGGAGGAGAAGGCAGCAGAGGACGUGGAGAUGAAGCAGCAAACAGAGACCGAAGCUGAGCCAGAGGGCGAGCAGACCAUCAUCGAGGCAGCGCAAGGAGAUGGACCGAGUGAAGACACUGGGGAGGUGAAGGUCACGUCCACGGAGGUGACGGAGACAGCCAAUGCCGAAACGAAGCCGCAAGAGCAGACAGCGGCGGAAGCUGAGGAUGCGGAUAAGACUGUCGGUGAUUGA